CUGUUCUUCGCGACGGUAGCAGAGAGGAGCAAUUCAUCAUGCCGACCGUGGUGGUGAUGGACGUGUCGCUCUCCAUGACACGGCCGGUGUCAGUGGAGGGCUCCGAGGAGUACCAGCGGAAACACUUGGCAGUCCAUGGCCUGACCAUGCUGUUCGAGCACAUGGCAACUAACUACAAGCUGGAGUUCACGGCCUUGGUGGUGUUUUCAUCGCUCUGGGAGCUGAUGGUGCCCUUUACAAGAGAUUACAAUACGCUUCAGGAAGCCCUAAGUAACAUGGAUGAUUAUGACAAAACCUGUUUAGAGUCAGCACUGUUGGGGGUUUGCAAUAUUGUCCAGCAGGAAUGGGGUGCAGCAAUUCCUUGCCAGGUUGUUCUUGUCACUGAUGGCUGCUUGGGGAUCGGCAGAGGCUCCCUACGGCACUCUCUAGCUACUCACAACCAGCGAAGUGAAAGCAACCGGUUUCCACUGCCUUUCCCGUUCCCAUCCAAGCUGUAUGUCAUGUGCAUGGCAAAUCUUGAAGAGCUGCAGAGCACAGAUUCCUUAGACUGUCUGGAACGGCUCAUAGAUUUAAACAAUGGAGAAGGGCAAAUUUUCACCAUUGAUGGACCCCUUUGCCUGAAGAAUGUACAGUCUAUGUUUGGAAAACUAAUAGACCUGGCUUAUACACCAUUCCAUGCUGUUCUCAAGUGUGGCCACUUAACAUCUGAUGUGCAAGUAUUUCCCAGACCAGAACCUUUCAUUAUAGAUGAGGAAAUAGACCCCAUCCCUAAAGCAAUUAAUACAGAUCUAGAAAUUGUUGGUUUUGUAGAUAUAGCUGACAUUUCUAGCCCUCCUGUCUUGUCCAGACACUUGGUACUGCCCAUUGCACUUAACAGAGAAGGUGAUGAGGUGGGACCUGGGAUCACAGAUGACACAGAAGAUGAGAAUUCAGCUAAUCAGAUUGCUGGGAAAAUCCCCAACUUCUGUGUUUUAUUACAUGGCAGCCUGAAAGUGGAAGGCAUGGUGGCUGUUGUCCAGUUGGGGCCAGAGUGGUAUGGAAUGCUCUAUUCACAAGCUGAUAGCAAGAAGAAAUCAAACCUCAUGAUGUCGCUCUUUGAACCUGGUGCCGAGCCCCUUCCAUGGCUAGGGAAGAUGGCACAGCUUGGACCUAUUUCAGAUGCAAAAGAAAAUCCUUAUGGAGAGGAUGACAAUAAGAGCCCUUUCCCCCUGCAGCCCAAGAACAAGCGCAGUUACGCGCAGAAUGUUACUGUAUGGAUUAAACCAAGUGGCCUUCAGACAGAUGUACAGAAGAUCUUGAGAAAUGCAAGGAAACUCCCUGAAAAAACUCAAACCUUCUAUAAAGAACUUAACCGUUUACGAAAGGCAGCUCUGGCCUUUGGCUUUUUGGACCUUUUGAAAGGCGUGGCAGACAUGCUGGAGCGGGAGUGCACCCUGCUUCCCGACACGGCUCAUCCCGAUGCAGCGUUUCAGCUCACACACGCUGCUCAGCAGCUGAAAGUGGCAAGUACUGGAGCGUCGGAAUAUGCUGCCUAUGAUCAUAACAUUGCUCCACUGCAGACAGACUUUUCCAGCAGUAGCACUGAAAGACUGUGAAGUUUCCAUUUUGGGAACUUCUAUAGGUUGACACAAGUGGUUCAAAUUUUCUUGGUGUGUUUACUUUCUAGGGCCUGUUUUAAUUAUGGUUUGGAGAACUUAAAUCAAAAUAGGGUCCAUUACCUGUAUCAGUGCUCUCUAAAUAAAUGCAGCUAGUUUGUGGUGGCUUUAGUCAGACCUGGGAACUGUGGAAAGUGGCCAAAAGUCAAUUACUGUGUUGGAUAAUGGGUGGAAGUUAUUCAGUGCAUGUGAGGAGAGAAAGAAAAUGCCAUCAUGGC